UCUCUUCUCUAUCACACCAAUGGAAGUUUCAAUGGCGCCUUUUAGUGUUGUUCUAAGUGUUGUUUUGGUCAGCGAAGUAGCAUGCGCAUGGAGGGUGUUGAAUUGGGUGUGGCUGAGGCCGAAGAAGCUAGAAAAAUGCCUUAGGCAACAAGGACUUGCUGGCAAUUCAUACAGGCUUUGGUCAGGAGACCUGAAAGAAAUAUCCAUGAUGCUAAAAGAAGCAGUGUCUAAACCCAUGAGCCUCUCCCAUGAUACAGCACCACGAGUCCUCCCUUAUGCCCACCAAUCUGUGAGCACUUAUGGUAAGAAUUCUUUCAUUUGGAUUGGCCCAACACCAAGGGUUAAUAUCACAAAUCCAGAAGAUUUGAAAAACAUCUUUACAAAGCACGAAGCUUUUCCGAAGCUAACAGCAAACCCGCUAGUCAAGUUGUUACUAACAGGUCUAGCAAACUAUGGAGGUGAGAAAUGGGCAAAACACCGAAAAAUUAUUAACCCAGCAUUCCAUUCAGAGAAGUUGAAGCGUAUGUUACCCGCAAUUUACCAAAGUUGUAGCGAGAUGAUUGAGGAAUGGGAGAGCUUGGUGUCCAAAGAGAGUUCAUAUGAGUUGGAUGUGUGGCCUUAUCUUCAAAAUAUGACAGCAGAUGUGAUUUCACGAACAUCAUUUGGAAGUAGCUACAAAGAAGGAAGAGAAAUAUUUCAACUCUUGAAACUGCAAAUAGAACUUACAAUGAAAACGAAACAAAGUGUUUACAUUCCAGGAUGGAGAUUUCUACCAACCAAGAUGAAUAAGAGGUUGAAAGGAGUUGACAAAGAAAUAAGAGAGUUAUUAAUGGGUAUUAUAAAUAAAAGAGAAGAGGCGAUCAAGGCAGGCGAAGCCGCAAAAGAUGACUUAUUAGGUUUGCUUUUGGAGUCCAACAACAAGGAAAUAAAGGAACAUGGGAACAAAAAAGAAGUUGGAAUGAGCAUUCAAGACAUUCUUGGUGAGUGUAAGCUGUUUUACUUUGCCGGGCAAGAGACCACUUCAACAUUGCUGGUUUGGACGAUGGUUUUACUAAGUGAAAACCAGAAUUGGCAAGAUCGUGCAAGAGAAGAGGUUUUGCAAGUCUUUGGAGGGGAAAAACCAGACGUUGAUGGGCUAAAUCACCUUAAAGUUGUAACCAUGAUUUUACUUGAAGCUCUACGAUUAUAUCCAUCAAUUGUUACGCUCUCUCGAAUGAUUCACAAGAAAACACAAUUUACAGAAUUCUCAUUACCGGCUGGAGUCGAAAUUUCCCUGCCCACAGUACUAAUUCACCAUGACAAAGAAUUGUGGGGUGAUGAUGCAACGCAGUUUAAGCCAAUGAGGUUUGCAGAAGGAGUUUCAAAGGCAACAAAGAACAAACUUACAUACUUCCCUUUUGGAGGGGGUGCACGGAUUUGCAUUGGACAAAACUUUGCUAUGAUGGAAGCAAAACUGGCCGUAGCAUUGAUCUUACAACACUUCACCUUUAAGCUUUCUCCAUCCUAUGCUCAUGCUCCUUCUGGAAUUACCACCCUUCAACCACAGUUUGGUGCGCAUAUCGUUUUACACAAACUUUGAUUAGUUAUGACGGAUAUACAUAGCAGUUGCGACAAAAGUUGAUGGAGAAUAAGGACAUCAAUAUAUUCUCAUAAUUUAAUCAAUAUUGAUAUUAACUUAAUAAUUAUUUAUUGUCAUUCCAUUGUAAUGAGUCCUAUACAUAUUCAUGGAUUAACAGUACUACUCAAUGAAUUAUUUCUGGCAAUACAACGUACGUUAAAUA